AUGGUUAAAAAGAUUAAUAAUCCAGUAAAAAUUGACUAUGUCAACUGUAUAGUAGAAGACACACUAAAACAAAUUAAACCAUCACUAUUAAUAACAUUUUCUGACAGCAACAGUAACGAUAAUUGCAAUAAUGGCUUGGACGAAAAUCAGAAACCUUUAAACUUUAUAAAAUGUUUAUUAAUCCAAAUUAAGUCCACUGAUACACCAAAGUUUUUAAAAUUUAUCAAAGAAUAUUGUUCUGCAGACAUUUUAAGUAGAAUGCCGCAUAUUAAAAGAAUUAAAAAGAUAAAUAAACAAGAUCUGCUUUUAUUACUAUGUUCACUUGAUUUUUUACCAAAUAUACUUGAAUUUGAAGAAUUUUUGUCGAAAAAAAACUUGCACUUGGCAUACAAUAAGCCAAGAAAUGAUUGUAAUAGCACUUUGGAAUAUAUUGAUAUACCCGAAAUAUACCCACCUUCCAAAGAUAUAUGCAGUUGCUGGAGUGAAAUUUAUUGGCCCAUGACCUGGAGAGGCAAUCCGAAUGAUCAGAUUUUAAAUGAUAUGGAAUACAAUAUGACUGAAAUCAAAAAUAACCUGCAAUUAAUUUGCGAAAAAAGUAAUAUGAAAUUCAAAGAAGAAGAAGAAGCUAAGGUAUCAUCGAAGGCAUUACCCGUUGUUACACUAUUUGUUAAUAAGAAAACCGGGGAAGCUAUUCUUUCAACUGAUGAACGUCACAAGAGCAGACCUAUAGAUCAUAGUAUAAUGUGUGGCAUUAGAGACGUUUGUGCUCAGCUAAGUGAGGAUGGUUAUCUUUGUUUAGAUUACGAGGUAUAUACCACACAUGAACCCUGUUCUAUGUGCUGUAUGGCAUUAAUUCAUUCAAGGAUAUCUAGACUGUUUUACCUUAAAGACAUGCCGAAAACUGGGUGUUUAAAAAACAACUAUCAUAUGCACAGCAUCAAACCCUUAAACAGUAGCUAUCAUGUUUUCCAGUGGGUAAACGAAAAAAUACCACUUGCUGUUCCAAACAUAGAUCCAGACGUGUGCGUAUAA